AUGUCGUGCUACCUACAGCAGUGCUUCCCUCCAGGCUACCAGCAACCCAUCCCCAUCAAGUGCCCACCGAUGUACGCUGCCAGACACCCACCGGUGACUACCUGGCACUCGACAGUGUGCACCCCGCAGUACGUGACCCCCUGCAUUCCCCGGCAGCGAAUCAUGUCCUCCAGCUUCUCCCAGCAGCAGUGUGUGACCAAGUGCACGCCGUGGCAGCAAUACGCAACCAAGCGCGUGCCGCAGCAGCAGUGUGUGACCCAGCACAUCCUACAGCAGCCAUGCGUAACGCGGUGCGUGACCAAGUGCGUGCCGCAGCAGCAGUGUGCGACCGAGGGCGUGUCGCAGCAGCCGUGUGUGACCAAGUGCGUGCCGCAGCAGCGGUGUGAGACCAAGGGCGUGCAGCAACAGUGCGCAACCAAGUGUGCGACCGCUUAUGCCCCCCAGCAGCAGUGUGCGACCAGGUGCGUGACCACGUGUGUGCCGCAGCAGCCGCGCCUGACCAAGGGCAUCCCACAGCAGCAGUGCGCGACCAAGUGCAUCCCGCAGCAGUGCGUGACCACGUACAUGCCGCAGCAGCAGUGUGCGGCCAGGUGUGUAACCAUGUGUGUCCCGCAGCAGCGUGCAACCAAGUGCGUCUCGCACAAGUUUGUGACCUCUUCUGCCCCGCAGCAGUGUGCCACCACGUACGUCCCGCAGCAAUGUGCGACCAGGUGCGUGACAAAAUGUGUCCCGCAGCAGUGUGCCACCAAGGAUACUACCAUUUGUGUCCCGCAGCAGUGCGAGACAACUUGUGUCCCACAGCAGCAGUGUGUGACCAAGUGUGUCCCACAGCAGCCGUGUGCCACCAAGUGUGUCCCACAGCAGCAGUGUGCCACCAAGUGUGUCCCACAGCCGUGUGCCACCAAGUGUGUCCCACAGCAGCAGUGUGUGACCAAGUGUGUCCCACAGCCGUGUGCCACCAAGUGUGUCCCACAGCAGCAGUGUGCCACCAAGUGUGUCCCACAGCCGUGUGCCACCAAGUGUGUCCCACAGCAGCAGUGUGUGACCAAGUGUGUCCCACAGCAGCCGUGUGCCACCAAGUGUGUCCCACAGCAGCAGUGUGUGACCAAGUGUGUCCCACAGCCGUGUGCCACCAAGUGUGUCCCACAGCAGCAGUGUGUGACCAAGUGUGUCCCACAGCCGUGUGCCACCAAGUGUGUCCCACAGCAGCAGUGUGUGACCAAGUGUGUCCCACAGCAGCCGUGUGCCACCAAGUGUGUCCCACAGCAGCAGUGUGUGACCAAGUGUGUCCCACAGCCGUGUGCCACCAAGUGUGUCCCACAGCAGCAGUGUGUGACCAAGUGUGUCCCACAGCAGCAGUGUGCCACCAAGUGUGUCCCGCAGCCGUGUCAGUCAGGUGGAGUAAAAAUUUCGAGUCACUCUAAAAAGUACUGCUCUGCGUCCAAAUGGCCCUGGUAA